AAAAGAUGCAGACACAGCUUGCGUAGUGCCGUGCUUGCGCGAGUAUAAAUCUCGCGGGGGGGUGUUGUGCAGCUUUGGUUUACCCAGAACAAAGACACAACGGCCCCCGCGACCACAAUGACCACAUCAAUCUACCACUACCAGCGCGCGUUCCACCACUCGGCCUCGGACCUCGUCCUGCACGCUGCGCCGUCGCCAACGAGCCCGACGUACCCAGCCGUGCAGUACACGCGGCGGCCGACCAAGGCGCCGGGGCCGAACGCGCCCCGCAAGGAGCCGCGCAAGGAGCUGCGCCCCGGCGGCGGCGGCGGGGUGCUGGGCCUGUCGUUCCGUCCGCAGCCGUGGUGGAAGAAGCUCCUCGCCCUCCCGUCCUCGCUGCAUGCCGGCGCGCCGCGGUCACACAUGAGCGAGCUGUACGACUCGCGCGCGGCGGCCGAGUUCGAGGCGCUCGUGCUCAACACGCUCGUCGCGCGCGGCGCGUGCCAGAAACAAGUGUUUGGCCUGGCGGACGCGAUCGCGACUGCGCUGUUACACUCCACGCUGGACGUCGGUGCCGCCGAGGCGCUCUGGCGCUCCUUGUUCCACGGCGACAAUGUGCGGCGGCCACAGGCGACAUGUGCGUGGUGCGUCGAGAUGCGCAGGCGCGUGCCCAGCUGGAUAUGCGACGCGGUCGACAGGCUCGACGAGCAGCGACACGUGGGGACGACGCUCCAGCUCAGCCGGGUGCGCUCGGUGGAAGCCGCGCCGAAGAUGCGACCACGGCGCGCGGUGAGCGACGCCGAGCAGCCGCGACUGCGUUCCGUCCGCGUGCCCGUCCCGCCGCUCAUCCCCAUUCCCCGCGCCGCACACCACACGGUGCACCUCAGCGCGUGCCUCGAGAGCCCUAGCUCCAGCUCCGACGUCACGGCCCACUCGGACGACGGCGGGCAGACGUACGUCGAGUGGAUGAGCGAGGAGGAGGGCGCGGAAGUGUGCUCGGCUACCACGGCGCGGUUUGCGCGCGCGAGUAUCGACCUCGCGCAGCUCUCGAAAGUACUGUAGCGUUCAUACGGACAAGGUUCAUACGGAAAACUUAAUACGGCAGCGGGCAGCGGGCAGCGUUCAUACAGACAGCUCAUAGGGACAGAGUAGAGAGCUCGCUCACACCGAGCCCGUUGAUUAAUGCCACAUGCGGUACCACCAC